GCAACGCACCCGUCUUCUCCGCAGUAUCAAGAUGUUGCUUCACAUUUGAAUUACCCAUUUAAACCUUUGAUCUGCUGCAAUUUUAGUGUUGAUUGCUAAAUUUUGACAAUUUUUGUAAACAGGAAGUGACCGGUGCAAUAGUAAACAUAAGAUCAGUUGAUUAGUCCUAGCAUGAGAAAAACUUUAAAUGUUUUGAAAAAAAUGGCAGAGGCAAUUCAGCUUAAUAAAAGUAGACGUCACAUUUUGCUAACAGGACAACCAGGAGUUGGAAAGACAACUCUUGUUAAGAAGGUUUGUGACAAACUAGAAGAUGAGAAUUGGCAAUGUCAAGGAUUCUAUACAGAAGAGAAAAGAGAAGAUGGACAGAGGGUUGGCUUUGAUGUUGUUACAUUUGAUGAUAAAAGAGGCCCACUGGCAAGAAUCAUAGACAGGGAUAAUCCAGUAGCAGGGAGAAGUUAUAUGGUGGGCAGAUACAAUGUUUUACUACAGUCAUUUGAACAGCUUGCAUUACCAUCAUUAGCAAUAAAGCCAUCAGAAUACACUAGAGUGAUAGUGAUAGAUGAGAUAGGAAAGAUGGAAUUGUUCAGCCGGAGUUUUACACAGACGGUAAAAGACAUUUUAAAACAUCCGAAAACUACAGUAUUUGCAACUGUGCCUCUUAAGGCUAAUCCAUUUGUAGAGGAAAUAAAGAACAGAGAUGAUGUACAACUUUAUACAGUAACCAAGGAAAAUAGAAAUCAACUUGUCAAUGAAGUUAUAGAUGCCAUUAAAGAAUCAUUAGAAUGUUAUGGGACGUGAUAUAAUUAUUAUAUUAUUAUUUUGAUCCAAGGCUAUUUAAGUAUCACAUGAUUAAAAGAUUAACACUUGAACUGUCUCUGAACAUAAAAUAUGUACAGUUUGUUAAGAAGGAAAUUUGCAGACCACCCAAGUAAUCCAGUUAAGUGCCUGGUAAUACCUUGUUUGUGAAACAUUCUAGUUUAACCAAGUACCAAAAAUAAACAUACUUAUGGUUUGUCAACCUGAAGAUUAUGAUGAUAUUUUUUUCAGACCUUUAUAGUGCAGGAAGGACAGUGUAUGUUUGUUAUUUUGUUAGGUCUAAUGUCUGCUGGUCAGAAUAAAGGUUCAGGGGCU